ACAUUCACCGGUAAUUUUGUCUACUAUAUUCAAUCUGUGCUCCCAGAUGACAUUGUGAAAACAGUACUGGAGAAAAUAGGUUACAUUGCAACAACAGCAACAGAGUUUUCACUUGUCAAAAAGAGAAACAAUGAGGAAACAAAGCAGACUGCAUUUGAAAUAUUCCUGGCAAGAAUUGAGUGUGAAACCAUCCUCAAAAUGACAAAUGAGGAAAAACAUGGCAAUUUGGAGAAGACCCUACAGAAGAGAACACAAAUGCACCGGCAUCAUGGAGAUAAGGACAAAGAGGAUCAGACAGCCCAGAGAGAAGACGCUGAAAAUCUAGAAAAUAAAGGAAACAAUGAGACAUCUUUGUGCCUUGUUACUCAACAAAAGUCUUCAACUAAUAGUGAUAUAUCGUUUGAAGCUGCUGGGAAUCUGAAGAUCAAAGAUGACAUGCCUCAGUUAACAGUUGCCCAAUCCGCUAACAGGCUUCAGGAAGACCAAAGGCAAGUCAUUAACACUGUACAUUUUCCGGGCAAAUGCUCAGACAGUGAGGACUUCUUGAUCAAAUAUAGUGACAUUGUCAUAAGGCAAACACCUAUUUUCAGUGAGAAUCUUUCUCCAAAAGCUUUUGAAAAAAAGCCAAGAGCCAGUCUGAGUGAAGAAUGUGUUUUGGCAGUCACUGCAGAGUCAACUACAAAUGAGAUCAGGCCUGUGCCACUCUCACCAGGAGCAAGCGGUCCGCCAGCCUUUGCAAUAUUUCCUGACAGCUCUUGUGACAGCCAAAACGCUUUAGAGUACAAAGCUCAAGAAGUCCCCGAAGAAUCAAUUGAAGCAGAAAUUAACGAUGCCAUAAAUUGCAUAGACCCGGACCCCGCAGAGGAACCCUAUGAGCUUAAGUCUCUGCCGUACAAGGACAUUGCAUCUGUCCAAAACAUCAGUGUCCCCAGGGAAGAGGAAGUUUGUGAGCUGUCUUUAACCUUCACAAAACUACAAAUCAGGGACACUGAGGAAGACCUUGCAUAUCCAGUAGAGGAAACUGGCCAGCCUGAGUCAGUAUCAUAUGCAAGUGACAGGAAUGUAAGAGAAUUUAAUAAUUCCAAAAUAAAACAUGCAUAUCUGACUAAUGCUCAGAUGCAUAACAGAGCAGCUGCACACAGUGAGCCAUCUUCAGAUCUAUGCUGUACUACUGGGAACAUGGAGGAUCCCGCUACUGGUUCUGAUAGCAAGAGACUAUUAAUGGAUACUUCUCAUGCGCAUACAGCCUCUGAGUGCUUCAGACAUAUUAGAGAGCCCCCUAACCUCACCUACAUCCCACCACAGAGUAUUGAUGUUCGGUCUUCACACAUAAGAAGGACCAGCGCACCGGGCAGAAGGAACCUUUUGCAGCCUGAACAUGACUCUUCUGAAUCCAGUGAAGUAAAGCUGGAGACCUAUAAUUCAAAAGUACAUGAAAUCCAGGAGCCUUAUGUCAUUGUUGACAAAACUGACCAAGGAAUGUUAUGCCAUCACACUUGA